CUAACAGUUAAUUUGGCGAUUUUGACACAAUCAUCAUGGGACAACCGUUGUUUGAGCGCGUGGCGGCCCUGCUGCGGGACAAGACGGCGGUAGCGGCGAUCGCUUCGCAGGAAGCUUCGCAAAUCCAGGAACGCUUGCAAGUAGCGAUCAACAAGCUGACACAACGGAUUGAUGAAGACCCAGACCAUAAAGCUGAGUGGGCGAGGGAGAAGGCACGUGCGGAAACCCUCUUGAAGCAAUGGCUGCUAGCUCAGCGACAGAGAUCCCUUCAGCAAGAGCACGAUGAACUCAUGGACAUACCCAAGGUACGGGCGGAAUCGAUGAAAGCGACCCAUGCAGACGUUCAUCGGUCGAUGGAACGUACGAAUCGCGCAUUGCGAGCGCAGAUUGAACUGUCCGAGGAGGUGCGGCGGCGCAUGGGCGAUGGCACGAACGACCUCAAGAAGACACACGAACGGUAUGCAGAAGUGAAAGAGAAACUCAAGCAAACCCAGCGACUCCUCAAGGAACUCGACCAUCAAGCGUACAUGGACAAGGUGUGGAUUGCCGCAGGCAUGUUUGUCUUCUCCGCGGUUGUCCUGCUUAUCAUCGUCGAGCGCUUCCCCCGUCAUUACAUUCCCCUGUUUUGGAUAUUCUAAUAAAUAAUAUGUUAAUUGCAAAAUGCACUUUUGUAACUGUCA